UUGGCGAUACGGAGAGGCGCAUUUAAGGAGGGGAGGACGGGAGGGAGAUCGCACCCGCAUGUCAAGGCACUGCUCCCAGUGGUACGGCAGGGCGGUGUCGGAGUUCAGCUCCACCGUGAUUCCCCCAGCGCUCUCGUCGGUCGCCUCGGCGAGGUGCGGCGGCGGCGACUGGUCCCCUCCUCCGCCUCCCCCCAACGAGCAGCUCCUCAACGAGGCGGCGAUCAUCUCGAUGUUGGGAGCCGCCAUCGCCGAAGGCGAAGCCCACAACCAAUGCAAGACGAGAGGAGGAGGAGGAGGGGGUGCGAAGAAAGUCGGUGCAAGCAGUUGAAGAAGAAGAAGAAAGAGUUUUUUUUGUGUUUUAGGGGACUGUUUGGGUGGAGAAUAAAACGGAAGCAGAGUUGGGAACGCCGGUUUUAA